GCAAUGAAAGGUUCUACACCUAAGAGGUCUUCAUCUGCAAAAGCUAAGAGCAAAGCAAAUGAAGAGUCAUUGGAGUUGUCAUUUGUUGGGGCAGACCAAUUGAUUCUAAUGGUGGAGAUCCAUAAGAAGAUCUUGGCAUUCAGAGACAUCAUGGACCUAGCUCCAUGUAACAGCUCUGCUUCCUUACGUGAGAUGGUAAUGAAAACCCUGAAAGAUCUGCACGGGCUUUACCCAGGGAUCAUACCAAAAAAUGAAGUGUCAAAGAUUAAGGACAAGCCUAUAGACAAGUCUAUGGCCUACUUCUGCAAGGCUUUGAAGUCUCUUGGAGAGUCAUGGAUGAUGAACAAUGAUUGGAUGAAUAAGCUCAAUAUUGUAUUACCAUCAUGCAAGGAUAACAACAACAUGCGUCAAUUGGGUGAGACAAUGUUGACCACUCUAGAUUCCUUGAUGAAGUUAGCAAGUGAGAGGUUUGACAUAGAAUUGACAGAAGAAGAUGAGCACAAGAAAGAAUUCAGCCCACGUUCAAGCUCAUUUGGGAAACAUAUAAUGAGAUCAACUUCCUUUUCAGAUAGCAGCUUCUCUUGUUGCUCUUCUCCUGCCACACCUAAAUCUGUUCUCCCAGAGUUGAUGAAGUACUCAGCAAGAUCAGGAGACAGUCCAAGGAGUUCUUGUGCCUCACCACUUCUUCUGUCUCUCAGAGUUCAAGCUGUGGGAAAGUUGAACCCUAUUGAUGUAAAGCGCUUGUCUUUUCAGAUGUCACCAACACAAAUACACAAGAUAGAAGAGGAACCAUCAGUACCCACCACAGAAUUGGAUGACAAGGCCUCAAAUAUUAUUCAUGGAAAGGACUCAUCAGAAGACCUAGUGUUUCACUUGGACGCAACUGAGGAGGAGUUAGAAAGCAUAAUCAAUGAUCAUAAAACUAACAAACCUCAAGCUAUUAGGGAAGUGAGGCUAUCAUUGUCUCCAGGACAAUUUCAACCCAAAUCUCCUCCUAAACCACCACAAAUACCUCUCGAGCAACAAGAACAAGUACUUGUAUCUUCACCUCCAAUUACACAACAAGACCCUCCUAAACCAUGCAUACCACAACCUCCUCCUCCACCACCUCCUCUACCAUCCAUGAUAAUGGUGAAAGCUACUCCCCCUCCACCACCACCACCUCCACCUCCACUGCCACCUUCACCUCCACCUCCACCUACUGCAUCAUCAUCCAUGAUCAAGCCAAAUGUAACAUUACCACCACCACCGCCUCCUCCUCCUCCUCCUCCACCAUCAGCACCAAAAUUGGAGCAAAGUGUUGCUCCAAUAAUUAAGAUGGUUCCACCUCCACCUCCACCUCCACCACCAAAAGGGUCUACAAGUUCAGGUGGUUCAGCAACAACUGCUGCUGCUCCUCCACCACCACCACCCAUUCCAUUGAAAGGUGGAUCAGUUCCAGCACCUCCACCACCCGUGCCCGGUGGUGCAAAAGGAGGUGCGCCACCGCCACCACCUCCUCUUGGAGGAGGGAGAUCCUUGGGCGCUAGGGCAACUACUAAAUUGAAAAGAUCGACACAGUUAGGCAACCUGUAUCGAACUCUAAAGGGAAAAGUAGAAGGGUCUAGCCUCAAUGGAAAAUCUUUAGCUGGGAAAAAAGGUGGUAUUGGAGCAGCAAGCACUGGAGGGAAACAAGGAAUGGCUGAUGCUCUAGCAGAGAUGACAAAAAGAUCCUCUUACUUCCAACAAAUAGAAGAAGAUGUUCAAAAGUACACAAAGCAAAUCUUGGAGCUGAGAUCUACCAUUACUAAUUUCAAGACAAAGGACAUGACAGAAUUGAGCAGGUUCCACAGAGAUGUUGAAUCCGUUCUUGAGAACCUAACUGAUGAAUCACAGGUGCUAUCACGGUUUGAAGGUUUCCCCACAAAGAAGUUGGAAGCUUUAAGAAUGGCAGCAGCACUGUACAACAAGUUAGACUCUAUACUUACCGAGCUUCAAAAUUGGAAAAUAGUGCCUCCAUUGGGUCAGCAACUGGAAAAGAUUGAGCGUUAUUUCACCAAGAUUAAAACAGAAUUAGAUGCUUUGGAAAGAACCAAAGAUGAAGAGUCCAAGAAGUUUAAGGGUCACAACAUCGAAUUCGACUUCCACAUUCUUGUAAAGAUCAAGGAAGCAUUGGUGGACGUUUCCUCCAGUUGCAUGGAGUUAGCACUUAAGGAGAAUCGCAAUGCAGCUGCUAAGAAUGAUGCACCUAAAAAGGAAGGUGGUUCAAUGCUUUGGAAAUCUUUCCAAUUUGCAUUCAGGAUCUACACAUUCGCUGGUGGCAUUGAUGAUCGUGCUGACAAGCUAACAAGAGAAUUGGCUCAGGAGAUAGAAAGUGACCCGAAUACAAAUCCGAACCCGAACCAACCAUGACAU